UUGGUCAGGCGGGGGCAGGACGAGUGUUGACAGGUCGAGACUUUGGGGAAAUAUCACCAACUGUUGUCGACUGAGAGCCUUUCAGCGGGUGGACGGUGACCGGGGCCGUUUCGCGGUUAACUUUUAAAGGGUUUUGUUUUCGGGGGCUAACAGGUCCAGCUGAGGGGAGGAAAAAUGUCGAUGCACAUUUAUCAGAUGAGCGCUAAACUGCUCGGGGACACUAUGGGGAAAAUGAACGAGAACCUGACCUCCGUGGUGUUAGCAGCGUCCGUCUUCACCCUCACUCUGGGAUACAUCUCAAAACUGCUGCUCAAACAGUCCACAGACGAGGACGUGAAACAUCCACCCUACAUACCCUCCAGCAUCCCCUUUCUGGGACAUGCCAUCGCUUUUGGAAAGAGCCCCAUUGAGUUUCUGGAAAAUGCCUAUGACAAAUACGGCCCUGUAUUCAGCUUCACUAUGGUGGGCAAAACAUUCACCUACCUGCUGGGCAGCGAAGCAGCCGCGCUGAUGUUCAACAGCAAGAAUGAAGACCUGAACGCAGAGGACGUCUACUCGAGACUGACCACUCCGGUGUUCGGCAAAGGAGUCGCCUACGACGUGCCGAACCACAUUUUUCUGGAGCAGAAGAAGAUGUUUAAGACGGGGCUGAACAUCGCUCGUUUUAGGGAACACGUCAAGAUCAUUGAGAGAGAGACGAUCGAGUAUUUUCAGAGAUGGGGAGACAGCGGGGAGAGAAACCUGUUCGAGGCUCUGUCCGAGCUGAUUAUCCUCACAGCCAGCAGCUGCCUGCAUGGGAAAGAGAUCCGCAGCAUGCUGGAUGAACGCGUGGCCCAGCUUUACGCCGACUUGGACGGAGGAUUUACCCACGCUGCGUGGCUCCUGCCGGGCUGGCUGCCCCUGCCCAGCUUCAGGAAGAGGGACAGAGCUCACAGAGAGAUCAAGAACAUCUUCUACAAAGUGAUUCAGAAACGGAGGAGCUCUGAAGAGAAAGCAGACGACAUCCUGCAGACCUUCAUGGACUCCACAUACAAAGAUGGACGGCCGCUGACCGAUGACGAAAUUGCAGGGAUGCUGAUCGGCCUCCUCCUGGCGGGUCAGCACACAUCCUCCACCACCAGCGCCUGGCUGGGCUUCUUCCUGGCCAAAGACAAGGCCCUGCAGGAGCGCUGCUACGCAGAGCAGAAGGCUGUGUGCGGGGAAAACCUGCCUCCACUCAACUUCGAUCAGCUGAAGGAUCUCAGCUUGUUGGAGCGCUGUUUAAAGGAAACCCUGCGGCUCCGCCCACCCAUCAUGACGAUGAUGAGGAUGGCUCGCUCUCCUCAGACUGCAGCAGGAUACACCAUCCCUGUGGGCCACCAGGUGUGCGUCUCCCCGACUGUUAACCACCGGCUGCACGACACCUGGGUGGACAGGAUGGAGUUCAAACCCGAUCGCUACCUCAACGAUAACCCUGCCGCAGGGGAGAAGUUCGCCUAUGUGCCCUUUGGAGCCGGCCGGCAUCGCUGCAUUGGAGAAAACUUUGCCUACGUCCAGAUCAAAACUAUCUGGUCCACUUUGCUCCGCAUGUACGACUUUGACCUGGUGGACGGAUAUUUCCCCACAAUCAACUACACUACGAUGAUCCACACGCCUCACAACCCCGUCAUCAGAUACAAGAGGAGGAAGCAGUGAGAGACAGAGACAUCUGAGCAUCGGAAGUAAAGCUCGAAUCUUGUGGGGACUUGAAUCGAGGAAAAUUGACAUCAGUGCACUUUGCUCUAAAUACCCAAACUGUGCUUUUAUUCUUCCUGUAUUUUGUCUAGAGUCCAGCUCUUUUCAUGAAUGAAUGUUUGUAGAUAAGUGUGACUUUCUGCAGAGAAAAACAGGGGCUGUGAGACUCCAGCGUGAAAGCUGAUGCUCUUAUUCACAAUGUGAAUUCUUUGAAAACAAUACAAAUGGAGAAAUAACUAGCGCCUUAUGACGUCUUUAGACUGAAUGAAGCCUUUGAGUCAACCCGGGAAGACGUAUUUACUUUUCUGUUUUCCACAGUUAAUCAUCAAUUUUGCAGCAAACUUUAAAAUCCUGUAGCUAAAAGUUCUGAACACUGGAAACUUGGUUAAAACCACGAGGUUCAUUUACAGCUCUCUGAUGUUUGGAGCUUUGAGUUCAGUCACAUGAUCUUCAUCUGCAGAGGACUUUUGACCAGUUGUGUAUAUACAGUAUAUAUUUUUUCCUUGUCCUGAGCAUUACUCAGUAUGAGGGUUUAAACUUGAGAAGAGAGAAAACAACCCUAUCCUAUCUGAAUAAUCUGCUGAGGAAGACCAUGUGAUUUAAUUAAAAGCUCCGGGGUGGGUUACUAAAUCUGUGGGGAAUCUUUUAUUCCUGAGAUGUAUCUUAGAAUUUUCCUGCUGUGAAGACAAAAGAAAAAAAAAAGAAACAAAUGAAACUGGUUGAAAAAUCAAUAAAAAUAUGAAAAUGA